AUGGGUGAUAUGGCAGAGAUGAGAGUGAAUGAUUGCUGGAAUGAAAUGGCAGUAUGUUUAAGAAGUGUAGCGAGGGAUGUUUUUGGGGAAACAACAGGGAAAGGGAAGAUUGAUAGGGAUACAUGGUGGUGGAAUGAAGAUGUGCGAAUGGUUCUGAAAGAAAAGAAGAAUGCUUUUAAAGAAUGGAAGAGUGUGGAAGAGGGUAACGAUAGAGAGAAAGGAAUCAAGAGAUCAGCUUAUCUUACAAGUAAAAAGAUAGCAAAGAAAGCAGUUGCAAUCGCAAAGGCCAAGGUACAAGAUAAAUUGUACGAUUUCCUGGAGAGCCCACAAGGCCAAAAAGAUCUGUACAGAAUAGCAAGAGAGAGAGAGAGAAGAAUGCAAGAGAUAUAA